AUGAGAACAAGCAAUAUAAUAGUUUAAGAGGAACAAAAAUAAAAUUUUUUUGUUUCAUUAUAUAACUAAUUAAAGUCGCUAAUAAAAUGUGAAUGUUUCAAAUCGUAAGGGUAUUAAAUUUAAAUAGAUUGAUAACAUUAUCCUAUAAUUAAAAACCAAUUCAAAUUCCAAAAUAAUCUCUUUAACAUAUGGGUAGAAAGACAUUAGUGAUAGAUUUGGAUGAAACUUUGGUUCAUAGUUCUUUCAAUUAUAUUUCAGAUCCAGAUUUUAUUUUGAAGGUUUGAAUUAUGAUUAUUAAGAGAUUAAAGUAAUGAAUGCAAAUUAUACAAUUUAUGUUAGAAUAAGGCCUGGUGUUGAAGAAUUCCUAAUGAAAAUGGCAGAAUUUUAUGAAAUAUUCAUAUUUACUGCAAGUAUAUGCGAAGUAAUUAUAUAAAUAAAUUUGAGUAUGCAAAUCCAGUGAUAGAUAGAAUAGAUUCGAAGGAAGUUUGUGCUUUGAGAUUGUUUAGGCCAAACUGUUCAAUAUUAAAUGGAGUAUUUGUAAAAGAUCUAUAAAAAUUGUAAAGAUCAAUAAAUAACAUAAUAAUAAUUGAUAAUACUCAUACUUCUUUUUCUCUUUAACCUAAAAAUGCUAUUCAUAUAAAGAAUUAUUUUGAUGAUCCAAGUGAUACAGAAUUAUUAGAUCUAAUACCAUUUUUAUAAUUGAUUAGUACAUUUGAUGAUGUGAGACCUGUUGGUGAAUAUUGGAAACAGUAUGUAAGAUCAGAAAAGAUUAAAUAUACUAGAAAUGGAGAAUAAUAUAUAUAUGAUAGAAAUCGAAAUGAAUCUUAUGAGGUAAAAUUUAUAUAUAUGAUUAGGAAAUGGAUGCUAUAAAUUAAUCAAUUAAUUAAAUAAAAGAUAAUUAGACAUUGUUGGGAAAGUAACAAUUAAAAUUAUAAACAAAUUUCGCUAUUGAUUAUGAUGAAGUGAAUAAUUUAACAGAAAAUGAUGAAGAUAUUUAAUUUAGAAAUGAAUAAGGAAUUAAUUCUCCAAAUUUGAAUAAAUCACAUUUUAAUGAAAUAGAUUAGAAUGAUUAAAAUUUAUGA